CUGGCGCCCGGCGGUUCGGGGCGCGUCCCGGCGGCGGGGGCGGCAGAGCCGGGUCGGGCCGAGCAGAGCCAAACCAGCGGGUACCGAGAGGGACCCUCCCGCCGCCCGGCUGCUGUUGACAAGCGGCGGCGGGAGGCAGCUCGGCGACAAUCGUCUCCAUGUGGCGGACGCUGGCCCUCGCCUCCGCCUUCUUCCCGGGGCUCUUCGUCCUCUGCAUCCGGUUACUGCACUGGGCCGCCCCGGGAUGGAGCCUCAAGGACCGCAUCCUCCUCAGCGGCAGGUUGGUGUCAACAGUCCAAGCCACGAUGGCGACAGUGUCAGGGAUCAUGGUUGUCCUUAACUGCAAGGAUGUGGUUCAUGACAGGCACUGGCUAGCCGUGGAGUACAUCUGGGUCCUUGUUCCCUACAUGACCUAUGACAUUUAUGUCAUGUACCUCUGCCACUGGCACAAGAGCCAGGAGAGAGGAGUCGCAGAGAAGAAGCACUCCCUGGCCAGCGUGUGGAACUUCCUUCUGCAGGAGCGGCUGAUGGUGACCCACCACCUCUUCAUCCUCAUCGUGCUCACCCCCAUCACCCAGCACUUCAGGGGAGAGCUGGGGGACUUCUUCGUGGGCUGCAUCUUCAUAGCAGAGCUGAGCACUCCUUUUGUAUCGCUGGGCAAAAUCCUCAUGCAGCUCAAAAUGCAGGACACCCUCCUGCACAAGGUGAACGGAAUCCUCGUCCUGGUGACCUUCUUCCUCUGCCGUAUUCUCCUCUUCCCCUUCAUGUACGCGGCCUAUGGCAGGCAGGUGGGAAUCCCUGUUUACAUGGUGCCCUUCCGCAUCCCCCUGCACUGCAACAUCGCCAACGCCUCCCUCAUCGCCCCCCAGCUCUACUGGUUCCGGCUCAUCUGCCGCAAGGCCGCUCGCCUCUACGGCCGCUCGCCCCCCGACAAGGGCAGAUAAGGGCCCGGCCACGGCAGCCUAGCCUGGGGGCUGGAGAACACUCAGCACCCCCCAGCUCUUCAACUUUCACUGUGGGGACCGGCGCGGGAGCAGAGCAGUGGGAGCAGAGCAGUGGAAGCAGAGCGACACCCCCGGGCUGCUUCAGCUGGAAGCGGCCUCGCCACCUCCGCCGCCGUGCCGGGCAGCACCAGCCUGGGCUAGGAAGGCUUCCUUCCCACGCUGCUCCCAGUGCCUUGUGUCCUCCGUGGGAGCUGGAGAAGGAGCAGCCUUAAACACAACAUUCCUUCUGGGAUCCAGUGCUGCAGCAUCGCACUCAAGGUUACAUGAGAGGGAUUUGUUACACCCCCACUCCACGUCUUUCAGGGCUGACACCUGACACCAGCACAGCGUGGCGUGGAGGUGACGCUGGAGUGUGCCCAGCCCCACGCAGCAGCCCCACACAGCCGUGUGCUGGACCUGCUGCUGUCCCAGCUCACCUCUCUGGCUCCAUUUUACAGCCUCCAGCUGAGAGCAGAGCCAGGCCUGGGGGCUGCAGCAGGGUUCUGCACAGCCUGUUCCUGACCUGACUUCCACAUCCCAACCAUGUUCAGCCUCUUACCUCCUGCUGCUGCUGGGCUCAAACUCAUUUACUCCACUUAACCCAAAGGUGCUUUUCACUACAACAGUCUGGUGUCUGUGUCUGACAGUCCCAGGGGAGGAUGGCUCCAGUGUCCCCAGCAGGCUAGGGGGGAGAGAAGCUCACACCAGGACAGAAAAAUGGUUACACUGUCUUAGAGCAAUGCUGGCAGGGCAGAGCACCCAUGGCUGAAGGGCAGGAUGGGGACAAGAGACUAGAUCCUCAUCUCACCAACACUCAGAUCACUGUGCAGAGCUUUUCCUUGCAGGCAGGAGGACAACUUUCUACCCUGCCUUCUAACCACAGGUGCUUUUUAGCUGCCCUGCACCUUCACAAUGGGUAUUUAAAAUACCUGGUACAGCCUGAGCUCUGGUUCUACACUCCAUCCCUCCUGCCCCAUGAUGAGUUGAGGGAGAGAACUGGGGCAGCGCAGGAGGAACCAGCAAACCGUGGGAUGGAUGCUCAGCUGUGUCCUUCACCAGCUCAGUCCAGUUACAGCAAAGUGGGUACAGACUUCACACCACAAGGCUCAGAAGCCUUGCAGGUGUGUGCAAGUCAGCCAGCAGCAGUUUGGUUCCUUCCCUGCAGCUCCCACGCUUGCUCCAGGACAGGUACUACACCAGUGUGGCCCCAGCAGCCCCUCGUGCCUGGAGACCUGUGGAUACUUUGUGCCUUUGAUUCUGUCUAAAACCAAGGGCUCAGCUCUGGCAGACCUGGUUCUUUUGGGUAUUGGAACUUCUCCCAGCCACAGCUGUGUUCUGGAAGGAGUAAAGCAACGGGCCUCUUCCAACCCAGGGUUGGGUAUUGCACAAACAUAACUGUUACACUAACGACCGAGACCAGCUUAUGUCCAAAACCGCUUGCAACCCGUUCCAGAUGUUUGUAUCUCGCUGUUUCCAUUGCAAAUAACGUGCCUUAGGGAUGGACACACACACAGAGCCAAGGAGGCACCUCAGUUUGCACUAACACUGCCCCAGUUACUAUCAGGAGACCAAUAA